GAUUUCAAUGGCAUUGAGCUGACAGCAUCAAAAUCAUACACAAUCACCAGAUUCCCCGCCCCCUAUAAAAUAGCCCUCCACUUGAAAACUAUCCCAUUUCGUAGAAACGAUACGAAAGCCCACGCCAUGAAAAUCCCAAGGUGCCUGGAGAAUUUUCCACAAUAAUCCCCAUUCAAUCUUAGCAUUGAAGGGCAAAUGCAAUGUGUGUGUCCACGCUGAAGAACCUGAGAUGGGCGGUCAUGGUAUUGGGACUUUCCAACGCGGCGGUGGUCCUUCUGGGUGGGUUUCUCGUGAUUCUCGCUUACCGGUCUUGUGACCGGCGACACGUAUUUCCGUUCGUGGCCGUCUCGUUGAUCGCUGGGAUCAGAAUUGUGGCAAUCGUGCCGAGCGGGAUCGCCCAAGAAGCCACCGCCAAGACCAUUCUCGAGUCUCCCGCUGAGAGCCCCCCUGCCGUCCUCGACGCCGUCAUUCGCCACAAGAGACGGAUGAGGUAUAAAAAAUGGCUUUGGUGGACCCGGUUUGCGAUGGUAAUUACAGUGCUGCAAGUUGUUGGUGCAACUUAUCUUAUGUUCCAUAUCACUAAACAUAUAUCUCAUGAUGGAACAUCGAAUGAUUGUGUUUUAGGGAUUUUUUCAAACAGUAUCUGGUGGAAGCAAAUAUUACUGGUUUUAUUUAUGAUCAUGGUGUGUUUUGUCACACUAGUUCCGUGUUUUACGGGAUCUGAUAUUCUUAAAUGGAGAUCUUACUAUGCAACCCAAGAUAAUGCUUGGAAAGCUCACUACAGGGAAGUAUUCGAUAAUGGCAUGCGUGAGGCUUUGUGCUGUAUGGGGCGUGUCAAAUACUUGAGUGUGUUAGAGGAAGAUGAAGUUUAUUCUGUUGCAAGACUAUUGGGUGAUCUUGUUGCUUACCGUGCAUCAGGAACUGGGCAUUUGGAAAUCUUGGCAGGUUUAGCCUUAUUGCAGAGACAAAGUCAACCCUCUAACUCAUUUGAAGAUUCCAUGGAGGCACCUGAAGAACGGAUUCAGGAGGCUGCAGCUCUUCAUAAAUUUGCCGAAGCUGCCUACACGGGUCCAUUACUCGAUUUUGGAAGAAAUCCUUUCUUAUUCCCUUGUGCAUGGCUUUAUAGGCAAGGGGUUUUGACUCCAUGGAUGCGUAACAGGCGGCCCAUACUUGGAGGUGAUAAUUGGUGGCGAGGCCAUGCGGCAGCCUUUCUAAAAUAUGUCAAUUUAACCCCAGAAGUACUUAGGCAAGGGCGUGUUAACCAGGCAAAAUGUGAAGCUGCAUACUUCAUUGUGGUUCUGCAUCAGUUAAGAUUGGUAGUGAUUGCUGUAAGAGGAACUGAGACCCCUGAAGAUCUCAUCACCGAUGGGUUAUGUAAGGAAUGCAUCCUUUCUUCAGAAGACUUGGAUGGAUUGAUGAAUAGCAGUCAUGUUCACCCAGAUGUGAAGCAUAGUGUGGACUCAUCUCUCCCACACUAUGGGCACUCAGGUAUACUAGAGGCUGCACGAGAGCUUUUCAUGCAAAUUGAUGGGAAUCCUGGUGACACUGAUGCAGAGUCUAAAUCAAGUGGCUUUCUUUCCUCAUUGCUUGGAGCUGGAUGUGAGUGUGAUGGUUACGAUGUUCGCAUAGUGGGGCAUUCUCUUGGAGGUGCUAUUGGUGCAUUGCUAGGAAUCAAACUUUAUCGCCAAUACAAAAAUUUACACGUCUACGCAUAUGGGCCCCUUCCAUGUGUGGAUUCAGUUGUAGCAAAUGCUUGUUCAGAAUUUGUUACAAGCAUUGUACACAACAGUGAAUUUUCUUCUCGCCUUUCAGUUGGAUCAAUCCUGCGUCUUCGUGCAGCUGCAAUUACUGCACUGUCACAAGAUACCAAAACUGAUACAGCCAUGAUUUUCCGACUUGCACGUCGGUUUCUGUAUGUGAGCAAGUACCAGAGAAACAGGACUGAGGUCAAGGAUGCGUACUCUGGGACCAUCAUGGCCGAAGAUCUCAGCCACCCCAAUUAUGGAAGGAGCGAGGGAGAGGAGCAAGGGUUUUCCCUCUGGAAUGAGGCUGACAAGAAGGAUGUUGUUAUUAAAGUUGAUCAUCAUGAAUUCACUGUUCCUUUUGCAACCAAUAUAAAUACAUUAGAUGACCCCAUUUCUCAGUUUAUGGAGACUGUCCGAAGAUCUGAAAACACUUCAGCUGAGGAUCCACCAGAAAUGUUUCUACCAGGCCUUGUAAUUCAUAUAGUACCACAUCAAAGAAGCUUACAUAUAUCUUUGCGUGAAGGCUAUACCAUGCCAGAGAAGGCAAGUUACAAAGCUUACAUAGCAAACAGAGAAAGCUUCAAAGAUAUUAUUGUGUCACCAUCUAUGUUUCUCGACCAUCUCCCUUGGAGAUGUCAUUAUGCAAUGCAAAAAGUAUUGGAAGCUCAAAGUGCUCAAGGAAGUUGGUCAUAUUUUGCUGUCAACAACGACUAUGGUGGUUUUGGUGGGUUCAAUGGCUUCUCUUUCGAUCUCCAUCAAAAACAUGUGAAACAGCUACAAAAUCGACAGCUGCUAGAGGAAUCAAAAUAUGUUUUUCGACAAUAGUUCUUUUGGCUUCCAAUUUAAAAAACAAAACCAACUAUUAAGUUUGCAAUGAGUCUUAAGGAACAUUUUGUAACAUUCAAUUAUUAAGCGUGUGCUUUCAUAGAUGGUAUGUGUUGGUACAUUUUCCGGUAUGGUGGACCCAAGGGGUGAAAUUGUAAUUCUAGAUGCUUCUUCUCCUUCAAUCUGCAAGGCAAAAACAAAAACGGGGCUAAGAGAAUAUGCCAGGAGUGUUCCGGUGAAUCCUCCUCCGAUACUAAAGUUAGCUCCUUUCGUGUUUAAUGAGAAGGAAUCAUGUACCUGUCUUCUUGAUAUCCUGGCCCUUUUAUAGAUUGAAUUUGCACACGUAGUUGUGGUGACUGAACGGAGGAUCCGGGAUUUGACCGUGAUGAACGGGAAGGCUGAUAUUACUGUUCCCUGACUGUUAUGGUUAAUGUGAAACUACUCCUGCAAUCAAUAUGAGUCUCGAGAAUGGCGCGUAACUACUACUGCGAUCAAUAUCAAUUUGAUGGUUCCUGCAAUUGAUACAUAUCCCGAGAGUAGCACGUAACUGUUAUUGCAUUCAAUGUCAAUCCAAUGAUGAAUUGUAACCGUAAUCAAUGAGUAUCCGAGAAUACAUGUAACCGUCGAUGUGAUCAGUAUGUUUUAUUCUUGUAGCUAUCGUACUAAAUGAUAUGUAGAGUAGACCUUGCCAGGUCUAGGCCCAUGGAUCUAAGUCCCAAAUUUAUGUGUAACAAAGAUAUUUCAACUCUAAAUGCUACAGUCAUGAAGAAUAUUUUUGUACAAUUCAAAACAUUUAACUUUUCUAUGAUUAACAAGAAAAAUGUUCAAAAUUACACCAGUUGAUAGAUCUAAAGAACAAAAAGAGAACAAAAGAAAAUA